AUGAGUAAUGCCCAUGAUAUCGCAAAGUGGAUGAAAUUUCAUCUCAGUGGGGGUUUGAACGAAAGUGGAAGUCGCGUUAUUACACAAGACACAUUGAAAUCCACGUACAAUGCACGGAAUUCCAUAUCUUCAUCAGGCAUAAGUGGAUAUUUUCCAAAACCAAGGGUUUCUCACAAGACAAGUGAGGAUAAUUAUGCUCUAGGGUGGCGAAAUGGUCAUUAUAGAGAGUAUAAAAUAUUACGCCAUACGGGAACAAUACUAGGAUUUUCGUCUCUUAUAACUCUCAUACCGGAGAUGAACAUCGGAAUCUUUACGACAAUGAAUGGACAAGAUUCUGAUUAUAUUUUCCGAACUCUUCCUCACAAUUACUUAGCAGAUAUUGCAUUGGGGGAAGAUGCAUGGCUAAACUCCAGCACAAUUUGUUCUUUUCCAAAUCCAUGGUACUCUAUGCCCCCAGAAGCGAGUCACACAAUCAAUAAAUCUCACAAGCUUUCGAGAUCUCCAUCGGAAUACGUCGGACAUUACGGUAACAAUGGAUACGGGGAUUAA